CGAGCGGUCACUGCAAGGGACAGAGCCAGCACCUCCUGCACGAUGACGCUGACCCAAGCCGAGAAAGCCGCCGUGGUCACCAUCUGGGCCAAGGUGGCCACCCAAGCCGAUGCCAUCGGGGCAGAAUCACUGGAGAGGCUUUUCUCCAGCUACCCCCAGACGAAAACCUACUUCCCUCACUUCGAUCUCAGCCAAGGCUCGGCUCAGCUUCGUGGUCACGGCUCCAAGGUCAUGAAUGCCAUCGGGGAAGCCGUGAAGCACAUUGAUGACAUUCGAGGAGCUUUGGCCAAGCUCAGCGAGCUGCACGCUUACAUCCUCCGCGUGGACCCCGUGAACUUCAAGCUGCUUUCCCACUGUAUCCUGUGCUCCGUGGCUGCCCGCUAUCCCAGUGACUUCACCCCAGAAGUUCAUGCUGCAUGGGACAAGUUCCUGUCCAGUGUCUCCUCUGUCCUGACUGAGAAGUACAGAUAAAUGGCCUCCACAGAGGGUGAGGGAGGCACAUCUCAGGCUCUGGGGAAUCACCCCUUCCUAGGCAGCGCUCUCAAAUCCCCACUGCAGGGGUUUGGU